UCGGAGUCAUUAAGCUGAAGUGGCUGAGAAAUCAACACAGCGAACACAAGGGCCCUCCUGGUCCACCAGGCAAACGAGGAAAGAAGGGGAGGAAAGGUGACACCGGGGAACCAGGAGCCGUGGGUCCCAUUGGUCCACCGGGGAAGAACGGUUUUCCGGGACUAAAGGGACAUAAAGGCGACAGAGGAAUUAUGGGACUGGGUGGACUGCGGGGCUACCCGGGCUUUCCGGGGCCUAUUGGGUUGGAUGGUCCAAAAGGAGAUCCAGGCAGACCAGGUGAGAAGGGACAGAAAGGUGAACUUGGAAGUCCAGGGUUUGAUGUCUUCUCAGCAGUCAAGGGAUUAAAACGCUCAGUGACCACACUGAGAGGUGGCACCUUAGGUUAUGCCGAAAUAGUUGCUGUCAAGGGUCUCCAGGAGCACGGGCAUAACAUUUCGGUUCAGCAGAUCAUUAAACUCAAAGGUGAACCUGGUGAACCUGGACCUCCUGGUCCACCAGGACCCCUUGGUCCUGAAGGUCUUCCUGGACAUGAUGGCAGACAAGGGAUACCUGGAGAACCUGGACCACCUGGUGAAAGAGGACCCCAAGGACCCAUGGGGCCUAUUGGACCUUCUGGUGCUCCUGGUUUGGUAGGACCUAAGGGUACAAAGGGAGAUUAUGGGAUGAUGGGACCACCAGGAUUUCCAGGGCUUCCUGGACAGCUGGGAUUGCCUGGAAUUCCUGGGAGAAAUGGAUCGAGAGGAUAUACAGGGGAGCCGGGUCUGCCUGGCCGUCCUGGGGAGAAAGGUGAUAAGGGAGAACGUGGCCUGACAACAACUCUAAAUGGUGAUCAGUUUCCAACAGGAAUCAUUGAAGGGCCUCCAGGUCCCCCUGGACCAGCAGGACCAGAAGGCCAGAGAGGUGAGAAGGGAGAGAUGGGUCCCACUGGACCACCAGGAAUGCCUGGAGACAAGGGGCCAAGAGGCAAACGGGGCAAGAGGGGUCGAAAAGGUCUGUCUGGCGAAGCUGUAGAGCGAGGUUUACCAGGGCUUCCGGGCCCCAAAGGGGAGAUCGGGGACCCGGGGCCCAAGGGUGAAAAGGGAGAGAAGGGUGACUUGGGAGUUGCAGGAGCAAAGGGUGAUCCUGGACCAAGAGGACCACCUGGAGAAGAUGGUCAGAAUGGAGAAGGAGGUCCACAAGGGCCCCCAGGAAUGCCAGGCCAGGCCGGACCCAAAGGAGAGAAAGGAGAUUAUGGAGACAUUGGACCUCCAGGGCUCAUGGGUCCUCCUGGAUUGCCCGGUCCACCUGGGUAUCCUGGACAAAAAGGUGAAAAGGGUGAAAAGGGAGAAUCGAAAUACAAAAAACUCAGAAGACGACAGGGAGAUGGAACGUUUGAAGGAAGUGGAGGUGAAUUUGUAGUUGGUCCUCCUGGACCACCAGGACCACCGGGAACAUCUGGUUUGCAAGGUCCCCCAGGAAUUAAAGGUGACAGAGGCAUGGAUGGAACCAAAGGCGAACCUGGAGAAAAGGGAGCAAAAGGUGACCCAGGGCCAAUGGGAUUACCAGGCCCAAUGGGUCUCCGAGGUGAACCAGGUCGGCCUGGGGAGAUGGGAAAAUCUGGGGCCAUGGGGCCAUCUGGUCUUGAUGGAAUGAAGGGAGCACAAGGUGAACCAGGAAGCAAAGGAGAACGUGGAGAUCCUGGUCUACCUGGAACUGAUGGAAUUCCCGGUACAGAGGGUCCAAAAGGUGAAAAAGGAGCAAAAGGAGAAGCUGGGCCUAUUGGAAGAAGGGGGAGGAAAGGAGACAAGGGAGACAAAGGUGAUCAAGGAGUACCUGGACUUGAUGCACCAUGUCCUCUUGGCCCUGAUGGCUUACCUCUUCCAGGCUGUGGCUGGAGACCGCCAAAGGAAUAUUCUCCUGCACUUACAACGUCAACCCCAUCACAAUUCCUGCCUGGAACCCUUGAAUCCCCUGCAGAAGCUGAUUAUGACGAAGGGGAGGAUGAGUACGAUGAAUACACAGACCCAAAUAAUUACCAAGCAACCAGUUCUGCAGGGAAAAAAUAAAACCCACAACUAACCAAACCCACUAACUGGCUCAAGUCAUGCAUUUAG